AUGAAUGCCCCAAAGAGCAGAGAACAGAAGGGGAGACGACCUGAGAGCACACCAUCGGGCCAGAGGAGCAGCAGCAACUGGGAGCGCUCUCGAUUCAAUUGGGGUCUGAUCUUUGGACUGACGACUCGACUGGAAGAAAGCGCUGCAAAUGUAGAACUUUGGGGCGACAGAGAUCAAUCACCUGUGGAUAUACUGAGAGCUUCGCAGGUGCUGGCGGUCGCCGAAAAUUCGGAGGCGACAUUGAAAGACUCAACCUUCGUGCUGGGGCGGGGCAGCUCUGAGGGGAUCCCUGCCCACAGGACAAACUCCGUUGACAAGUGCUGUGCGAUUGCCUGCUGCUGCCGCCCCUGGCCACUGGCAGGGGGCAUGGCGGAGCGCAACAAGGUGGUGGUGUGUGACAAUGGCACCGGGUUCGUCAAAUGUGGCUUUGCGGGCAACAACUUCCCCAGCGCUGUCUUCCCUUGUGUGGUGGGGCGCCCCAUCCUGCGGUAUGAGGAAGCCCAGGGGCAAGAGGCCCUCGAGGACGUGGUGGUGGGCGCGCGUGCGAGCGCGCUGCGUGCCCAGCUGGAGGUGAGCUACCCGGUGCAGAACGGCAUUGUGCAGAGCUGGGAGGACAUGGGCCACAUCUGGGACCACACCUUCUACGACAAGCUGCGCAUCGACCCCUCCGAGUGCCGCAUCCUGCUCACCGACCCGCCCCUCAACCCCAGCAAGAACCGCGAGAAGAUGAUAGAGACCAUGUUUGAGAAGUAUGGCUUCGCUGGCGCCUUCAUCCAGAUCCAGGCCGUCCUCACGCUCUACGCCCAGGGCCUGCUCACGGGGCUGGUGGUGGACUCCGGGGAUGGGGUCACGCACGUGGUGCCGGUGGUGGACGGCUUUGCAUUCCCGCACCUGACCAAGCGGAUGAACGUCGCCGGCCGCCACAUCACGGCGCACCUCAUCGACCUCCUCUCCCGCCGCGGGUAUGCCUUCAACCGCACCGCCGAUUUUGAGACGGUGCGCGAGAUCAAAGAGCAGCUUUGCUACGUCAGUGCGGACUACGCGCGCGAGAUGCGGCUGGCGCAGGAGACGACCAUCCUGGUCAAGAACUACACCCUGCCGGACGGGCGCGUGAUCUCGGUGGGCGCGGAGCGGUUCCAGGCGGCGGAGGCGCUGUUCCGGCCGGAGCUGGUGGACUGCGAGGGCGAGGGCCUGUCGGGGCUGGUGUUUCGCUGCAUCCAGGAGAUGGACAUCGACAACCGCAUGCCGCUCUACCAGCACAUCGUGCUCUCCGGCGGCUCCUCCAUGUACCCCGGCCUGCCCUCCCGCCUCGAGGCCGACCUGCGCGCGCGCUACCUCCAGCACGUCCUGAAAGGAAACACGGAAGCCCUCAAAAAGUUCCGGUUGAGGAUCGAGGACCCUCCCCGGCGGCGCCACAUGGUGUUCUUGGGAGGGGCAGUACUCGCGGACAUCAUGAAGGACAAGCCCGAGUUCUGGAUCAGCAAGCAGGAGUACGAGGAGGAAGGGGUGCGCUGUCUCAAGAAAUGCGGUCAUGCAUAGUAGCGUGUGCUGCAGACUAAUCCGGUUGUAUGAGAAGUCCCCUCCAUCGGUUGUUCAAGUCUGACUUUUGGCUUAUGCUCCUUAUCAAGGCUGUGAAGGCGCUGAUGAUUGAAGAAGCGGUCUCCUUACUUUGGAUAUGCAAGAAAUAAUGACUCAAUCAAAACUGAAUCGAGUCCAUUAGACAAAGCCGUGUACAAAGAGAUCUAAUAGUUUUACCCGCUUUCUCAAGGAGCGAUGUGAGUCUCGUCGGUGAACUUGGUCUUGCCCUAAGAGACCCCGUGACACAUUUGCUAAACUUGAAGGAUGGUCUGAAUUGUCGCUCUGGUCC